AUGCAAGGAUCGAAAGAUGAUAAUGAUGUUCUUCCUGAAGCUAUUCUAUAUUUCUACCCAAGAGACGAUCAAAUAAAAAAACAAAAACUUCUGGAAUGUGGAGAAAUCGUUGGUAUUGUUCAAUAUUUUCAACAUGAUCUUUUCCAAUCAAUAGCAAAAACAUUCCACUUCCAAAAAGCACUUGUUGUACAUGAACAUUACGGCCGACAUAGUAGCUUUUUAUCUGUAUCGAAUGGUAGUUGUACAAAGGAAGAGGCACAAAUUCAUCUUAAGCAUAUAAUGGAUCUAUUUAAUAUGCUGUACGGCACAUGGAAUCAUAUAUAUUCAAUUUAUGGUAAAGAUAAUAAAAUAAAUGAAUUUCUAAAUCAAGCGUUAACACCACUUGUGAAUUAUGCUCUCAAUCGAACUCCGUCUAUUUCACAUUUGUUUUCCACUGUUCAAUACACACAGUUGAAAACUGGCAAUCAAAGAAUUAUGCUAGAAAGUAAACAUUGGCUAGAUUAUCUCAAGUCGAAGUAUGGACUGAAAGAUGGACUUAUUGGAUAUAAUAAUAAAGUUCUAUAUUCAACAUGGGACGCUGAUACAACCUUUUAUUUCCAACUGAUGUUCCAGUUAAGAAAACAGUUGGCUAAAAACUUAAUACACUUUCCAUGGGAAUCUGAAUUCCAACUAAAAAAUGGCGUAUCAUUAUUUCGUCUUUACAUUCGUCGAUCACCGGAUUCAAUACCAACGCAAAAUUCUAUAGAUCAAACUGUUAAGACUACAACUACCACGCAUGCUACCAGUUCAAACUCAACUAAACCCAGAUUAGUCGCACAGCCCAUUGGUAUAUUGAAGGAUUUCUCAUUGCCAUCAGACGAUUCAACACCUUCAUCAUUACAAAGUCGCUUCAAUAGUUUUGAUUUUUCACCAUCGUUUGUGCAUAAAAAGCGUCUUGGAAUGCUAUUCUCAAGAGAUCAAUCUGGUUCAUCUGAAGAAACAGGUUUUGAAACUGAUACCAUGGAUGAACUAUCCUCGUCUAGUGCUGCUGAUACAAGAAGUGUAUCAUCAGAGUCUACAAGUGAAAAUUACAAUCAACUUGAUGCACAGAAUCUAAAUGAAGAUGCUCAUGAUUCUUCGUCAUGUGUAUCGCCGGAAAAGCCGUUAACUGAUGAAGACAAAAUAAGACAAAUGCGAUCACAGUCACGUUCACGUUCUUCAACAAUGAGUAAUGAAAUGGAGAAAACAAUUAAACUUGACCGUAAUAACAGCUUAACUGAUUCAUUUGAUCACAUUGAAAUAGUACCAGUUGAUACAAAUGAAAAUAAUGAUAAUAAUGACGAUCACAACGGUGACGGCGGCGGCGGCGGCGGUGACGACGAUGAUGAUGAUGAUGAUGAUGGUCCUAUUGGAAAUUUUCAAUUGAUACGUCACUCAUCAUUCGUUUCAUCUCGUGAUCGAGCAGAAACAGUAAUCAGUAAUCCAGAUUUACAUAUUUCGGAACUUCUUAAAAGUGAUCGUAAUGAAAUACGAGUUAGUUGGAAGAAUAUAUCAGAUAAAAAUACGGAAAAUGAACGCGAUGAAUUGGUUCUUUAUGUUCAAAACAACUCACAAAUGGUGUUUGGUUGUGUUAUUGAACAAAAAUUAUUAACGGAUGAUUAUCUUAAAGAAUUGUGGGCCUUGAUGCUUUCACAAAUGGCUCAUAUAGAAGCUGAAAUUCAAGCUACAUCAACGCCGAGUGAAACUAUUAAACAAACUAAUGAUACUAAAUUCGAUUUUAUUGAAAAUACUCAUCUUGUUGAAUAUGAACGAGUAUCCGAUAGUACUCGUCAAUAUCGUAAAAUACCUUCUGAACACAGUGCACAAAUGGCAUUAUUUGCUCGAACAGAAUUCAAACGAAAUCCUGAAUGUAAAGUCGUGGGACUUUCACGAGGCAAUCUUCUAAUAGGAGUCGAUCGUUGUAUACCCAAUCGUACAACUUAUUCAUGUCGACGAUUUCAAGAAAAUUUUUGA